AUGCCUAAAUUUUCCGCUUGGACUGACGUUGAAAACAUAUUUGAUAAUUUAAAUAAUUUGACACUUAUAUUACAGCUGGAACAAGAUUUCCUGAAGCUUAUCUCGGAGGCGGCACCAGAAUCGACUGAGGAGUCAUUAAAUUACAAAGUAUUAUUUGGAACAAGGUGGCCUGCAUUAGCCAAAAAAAUUCUUGUGCAUUCAAAAAAGUCGAAAGCAGCUGAUGUAAAAAAAUUCUUUGAAGACCACAAAAAUUUAAUUACUGCAGGUACGCAUGAUGAUUUAAUAGCACUUUUGCUAUUGCCUUUAAUCAUCAAAGCCUCAAAAAAGGUAAAAGAAGACGCUGUAUCAAGACCUUUAACUAAGCCGGAAAUUUCCAAAUGCUUUAUUCUGCAAAUACAGAAUUGUGAACGUCUGAUCGAAGACACAACCGAAUUUGAGGCCUGGGUAACAAAAUUUGGGCAAGAAACUUAUCCGUACGUGAUUUUCUUGGGCGAUCUGAAAAAUGUGCAAGUGCAAUUAAUUAUAAACAAACAGAGGUAUUCGUUCGACGAUCCAUUAAAGGCUGUAGAAAGCUGCUACAAAAGUCUCACAGCGUUCCAUGCAUUUCCCUUUCUUUGCGAUUUCGUGUGGUCCUUCAUUGAUAAGGCAGUUUAUGAAUUAAAUUUAAGAAAAACUAGUGCGUUCGUUACCAAAUUACUAACCGAUUUAAACAAAAUUGAAAUUUAA